ACCAUGGGGCGCUUGGAGCUGAUCGUUGUGGGCCUGGCCUACUGCCUGGCGGCCGUGAGUGCCGCAAAGCUGGGAGCGGUGUACACAGAAGGUGGCUUCGUGGAAGGUGUCAACAAGAAACUUGGGCUCUUCGGCGACUACGUGGAUGUCUUUAAGGGGAUCCCCUAUGCAGCUACUCCCAAGGUCCUGGAGAAGCCUCAGCGACACCCAGGCUGGCAAGGGACCCUGAAGGCCAAGGAAUUUAAGAAGCGCUGCCUGCAGGCCACUAUCACCCAGGACAACAGCUAUGGCUCUGAGGACUGUCUCUACCUCAACAUCUGGGUGCCACAGGGCAAGAGAGAAGUUUCCCGAAACCUGCCCGUCAUGGUCUGGAUCUACGGUGGCGCCUUCCUCAUUGGGUCUGGCCAUGGCCCCAAUGUGCUCAAGAACUAUCUGUAUGACGGGGAGGAGAUUGCCACCCGAGGCAACGUCAUUGUGGUCACCUUCAACUACCGUGUGGGGCCUCUGGGAUUCCUCAGCACCGGCGACCCCAACCUGCCAGGAAACUAUGGGCUUCUGGACCAGCACAUGGCCAUCGCCUGGGUGAAGAGGAACAUUGCCGCCUUCGGUGGUGACCCCAAUAACAUCACUAUCUUUGGGGAGUCAGCCGGUGCUGCCAGCGUUUCUCUGCAGAUCCUGUCUCCUUACAACAAGGGCCUCAUCCGCAGAGCCAUCAGCCAGAGUGGAGUGUCCCUGACCCCCUGGGCCAUACAGAGGAACCCUCUCUUCUGGGCCAAAAGUAUCGCCAAGAAAGUGGGGUGCCCCUUGGAUGACACAGCUCGGAUGGCCAAGUGCUUCAAGGUCACCGACCCCAAGGCACUGACUUUGGCUUACAAGAUGCCUCUGGCUGGCAUGGAGUACCCCAUGAUGCACUACCUGGGCUUCCUGCCCGUGGUGGACCAAGACUUCCUGCCCGAGGAGCCCGCCAACCUCUUCCACAACGCAGCUGACAUUGACUACAUCGCGGGCACCAAUGACAUGGAUGGCCACUUCUUUGCCACCAUUGACAUGCCUGCUGUUGACAAGGACAAGAAAGUCGUCACUGAAGAGGACUUUUAUAAUCUGGUCAGCGGGCUCACUGUGGCCAAGGGGCUGAAAGGUGCCCAGGCCGCCUACAACUUCUACACAGAGUCCUGGAGCCAGGAUGGGUCCCAGGAGAACAAGAAGAAGACAGUGGUGAACUUCGAGACAGAUGUUCUCUUCUUGAUGCCCACAGCACUCACCCUGGCCCAGCACAAAGCCAAGGCCAAGACUGGAAGAACCUAUUCCUACCUGUUCUCCCACCCUACCCGGAUGCCCAUCUACCCCAAAUGGGUUGGCGCCGACCAUGCUGAUGACCUCCAGUAUGUCUUCGGGAAACCCUUCGCCACACCUCUGGGGUACCGGACCCAGGACAGGACUGUAUCUAAGAAUCUCAUUGCCUACUGGACCAACUUUGCCAAGACUGGGGACCCCAACAUGGGCCCCUCGUCCGUACCAGCUCGAUGGGAGCCCUACACUCUGCAGAACAGGGAAUACCUGGAGAUCAACAAUAAGAUCAACAGCAACUCCAUGAAGCGGGACCUGAGAAUCAAUUUCCUGCAGUUCUGGAUGCAGACAUACCAGGCUCUGCCCACUGUGAGUGACGAUGCCACCCUGCCACCCACCGACGACUCUGAAACCGCCCCUGUGCCCCCCACCGACGACUCUGAGGCUGCCCCUGAGCCCCCCACUGACGACUCUGAGGCUGCACCCCUGCCCCCUUCAGAAACUCCCGAGGAGACCCAGGUGCCUCUGGCCAUUGGGUUCUAA